GUGGAGCAGCUGGAUAAACUGGAGCAGUACACCUCUUCAUCAUCAUCGUCAUCAUCAGAAGAUGGAGAGCUGGGGGAGCUGUCGCAGAAGUUCUACCAGGCUGCUGUACAGUUGUUAGGGAUGUUGGACACGUCUGUGCCCGUGGUGGCCAAGUUCAGACGCCUGCUGGACAGUCUGCCCCGCGAGACGCUGCCAGAUGUUGUUGCCUCCAUGAUCCGCACCUCCAACAAGGAGAAACUACAG